GUCUCUCUCUCCCUCUUGCUCUCUCUCUGAAAGUUUGCAACGUUAUGAAGGGUGCCAUUCUCCUGACUGUACUUGCCGUUGUGGUCACACUCUCUGUCGCCCGGCAUGUCAUUCCUCAUGACCAUUGGCCGAUGUUCAAGCAGUGCGAUCCGCGGUGGGGCAACGAGCGGCUUGGAGAUGCUGGCUCGCCGAACACCAUCUGCCAGGCUGGGUGCGCCAUGACGUCGACGACGAUGGCGCUGGCGCACUUUAACACUACCGUCGAUAAGCACGGGGUCAACCCGGGGACCGUCAACUCAUGGCUGGUCAAGCACGGCGGCUUUGCUGACAAGGAUCUGAUCAUCUGGAGUGCUGUCUCCGGCCUCGGCACGAUGAAGGUUGACACGAUUCUGCAGUCGCCGUCGGCCUCGGUUGUCCACGGUUACAUCAACAAGGGCCACCCUGUCAUCAUGCACGUCCGCGACAACACCCAUUUUGUUCUCGGCAUUGGCUACGACUCGGAGAAUCCGAACAUGAUUGUUGUCAACGAUCCGGCCUUUACCACCACCGAGUACAACCUCUCGGGCGUGACCGAGGUUGUCGUCUACGCCCGCGCGUGAGCGAGCGGCUGUAAAGAAUGCACACCC